AUUGUAAAUAAACAAACACCAACAUCGCUGAAUUUAAAUAUGUUUCCAGGCAAUUUAAUGUGUUCGGAAAAUGGGUGGAAAAGUGAGUUCCUUCUACGUCGAUAAGGGCAGAACGGACGAUCCUGACCCUAUUACCGGCUUAACAACUAGGGAUAAAUAUUUAAUCGACACAACCUGGAAUACGGUAAUGGAGGAUGCUACUGGGAACGGGGUCACGUUUUUCAUGAGGUUGUUCGAAAUCAACCCAAAGCACAAACAAGUAUUUCCUUUUCGUGACCAACCAAUCAAAGAUUUACCUAGUGAUAGAAAAUUCCAUGCCCAUGUCACUAGUGUGAUGUAUUCCAUUAGUUCUAUAGUUAAAAGCAUGGAUGAUCCAGAAGUGAUGAUUGGUAUUAUAAACAAGAUUGGUAAAAAUCAUGCUAAGAGGUCGGUAAACAGACAAGCAUUAAUCGACGUAAAACAAGCACUGCUGGAUACUUUUGGCUUCAUGGCAAAAGAAGAAAUACAAUCCUGGAUUAAAUUCCUGGAUUAUUUUAUUGAAGAAGGGACUAAAGCACUCGAAGAAUAUUCAUUGGAAUAAAAUAUAUAUUUAACCUACAAAUAAAC